GGGAGACAGUCAGCUCUGAUAUAACUUAUCGCCGAGAUUAAGUGUUGGUCACAUUUUGGAUCUGUUAUCAGUACCGGAAGCGAUAUAAAAGGUUUAUACUAAAAGAAUAUAACAGAGGGUUAAAGUGAGAUCCACAUCUUCAACAAUAGAUGUAGAUUAUUAUAUCCACCUGCAAUAUGUAAAAAGAAGUAUUUUUGUUCAAGAGUCUACUUGGAGGUCGUGUGAGGUCGAUGAUUUUCGUACAGAUGGCGUGCGAUUUUGAAUCGUCAGCCUCUGAAGCCGAUUUGUUGCACGUUUAAUUACAAAAAGCCGACAGCUAGCCGGUUCUCCACUAAGGCUUUGAUGGCUUCUGUGUUUGUUGGUAGAAAAUAGACAAAGUGCGAAGUAUUUACGUUUUUAUGUCAGAUCUCUGCGGAUUCGGAUGAACUGUGUGUGAAAUGGUGUUAUUGGAUUUAUGAAGAAUCUUUUGAAGAUGCCCAGGAAGGCGGCAGUAAACGAAAGAUCGCAAAAGUGAUGUGAGCAAUUUUAUUUCAACUUCCGUAAAAUAGAUUUUAUUGUCUGAAAAGUACUCACGCCUUUUGGAUGAUACUUGGAUUUUAUAUUACAUUGGAAUAUUUCGUGAUAGCGGAUGAAAUCACAAUGAAACUCGAUGAUGGAUAUAAACAAUGAUGACAUGGAAGAAAAAAGGAGCUUCAUUCCGCGAGUGGAAAUGAAAGGAUUAUUUCGCGACAAAGGAAACAAAGCUAUGGGGAAAUUUUUACCCAAUUCUACUUAUGUUGUCCCGGAGUAUGAAGAGUCGGAGUUCAACUCGUCUUCUAACCACACUUCCUGCACUGGGACGGACUCAAAAUCAUACCAAGUGUCCAUGGGCAUGAACGAGAAAAACUCCAUACAUACCACUAGAAUUCAUAGCAAAAACAAUGUACAAGCUCAAAUUUACAAUUUCUUAGAAAGACCUACCGGAUGGAAGUGUUUUAUAUAUCAUUUUACUGUGUUCAUGAUGGUGUUGAUCUGCCUUAUCUUCAGUGUCUUAUCUACUAUAGAAGACUACGACGAUUUUGCAAUGGAAACACUUUUUUGGAUGGAGAUUGUUUUAGUGGCUUUCUUUGGAUUAGAGUAUGUGAUACGACUAUGGUCGGCAGGCUGUAGAAGCAAAUACAUGGGCAUUAAGGGACGAUUCCGGUUUGCUAAGAAACCCAUCUCUAUCAUAGAUUUAUUUGUUGUUUUGGCUUCCAUGGUUGUUUUUACAAUUGGCUCCGAGGGGCAGAUAUUCGCCGCGUCAGCAAUAAGAGGGGUCAGGUUUUUACAGAUUUUGCGCAUGUUACAUGUAGAUAGACAAGGUGGAACAUGGCGUCUGUUAGGUUCCGUUAUAUAUCUACACCGACAGGAGUUGAUCACGACUUUGUACAUAGGAUUCCUCGGUCUCAUCUUUUCUUCGUACUUUGUUUACCUCGCAGAAAGAAGUGACAAAAGAAAAGAUUUUAAUAGCUACGCAGACGCCCUCUGGUGGGGAGUAAUAACCGUGAUGACGAUCGGGUACGGAGACAAAGUGCCACAAACAUGGCUGGGAAAAAUCGUCGCCUCCUGUUUUGCAGUGUUUGCAAUUUCUUUCUUCGCUCUGCCUGCAGGCAUACUUGGAUCGGGCUUCGCACUCAAAGUCCAACAGAAGCAGAGGCAGAAACAUUUCAACAGGCAGAUUCCAGCAGCCGCUACACUUAUCCAGUGUGUGUGGCGCUGUUUUGCUGCAGACCCGGCACACCAUUCAGAAGCCACGUGGAAAAUCCACAUUCACGACGCAUCCAAUGAGGAGAAUAUGUUAGCGCGCAUGGCUCGACGUGCAAGUUUGACGUUAAGAAAAAGACGCUCUUCAAGGAUGGAUUCCCUAGGGAACCAUUAUAGAGAAAGCAUGACCUCUGUUUUUACUGAGGAUAAACUAGCUGGAACACCCCGAAACCCGAGGAGGGAUUUCCAGAGACAGUGCUCAGGUUCUAGUACGUAUCAUUCCAAUAGCAUUACUGGGGAUAACUACAUGGAUGACAAUGAUUAUGACAAUGAGGAAGCAGAAAAAGUAGUCCAAUUAACAGACGCACACAAAACAGCUAUUAGAGUCAUUAGAAAAAUCAAAUAUUUUGUAGCCAGGCGAAAAUUUCAGCAAGCACGUAAACCGUAUGAUGUACGUGACGUAAUAGAGCAAUACUCACAAGGUCAUUUAAAUAUGAUGGUCCGAAUCAAAGAGUUACAACGAAGGUUAGACCAAACACUCGGCAAGCCCAGUACAUUAUAUUCCAGUGGAUACCAUAAGGACCGAGAAAAACUGACCAUCAGCGCAAGGGUUGUCCGGUGUGAAAAUCAGUUAAAUAAAAUGGACCAGAAACUAGAUCAGGUAUUGUUUAUGAUAAAUUCUUUACUGAAAUCCAAGAAAGUGAACGAGUCGGCGCUGGAGGAUGAAGUUUGAGGCCUUCGUCAAGAUGAUCAAGUGAAAAUGAUUGACCCAUGAACUGAACAAUUACUUCUAGAUUUGUAAAGUUCAAAAAUUUCUAUGAACUGCAGUUUUGCUACCGAGGUUGUGAUUCUCUUUUUUCAUGUUCAUACCUGGCACAUAUGAUUUUUUGUUAAUGUCGUUAUUUUGCACAAGAACUUUCUUAUCAAUCAAAGUGGUUAUAAAACAAAGUAGAAUCUCAGGAAAUGUAUGAGUUCUAGCAUAUUGAAUGCCUUGUGUGUUACUGUUAAACUACUGGUAAACUCGUCCUAUUUAAUACUUUCUCUGAUUCGUGUAAAUUUGUGUUAUUUUGUGCAUUUUUUCCAGCAAGAAAUGAAAAUAAAAAAUCAUACAUUUUACACCACGUAGAUUUCCCCCUUUGUGAAUGGUAAAAAUAACACCUCUUUAACUUUACCUCUUUUUUCAUCAGAUAAUUAUAGAGAUGGUAUCUUCUGUUUUAAAGCUGGUGAGUUUACCUCCAAAGGAUUCUUUUUGUAAUCUUAAAUUACUCGUAAAAUGAAGCAACUUCAUGAAGAUAACAAUUUUUCUCAGUUUCUUGUAACAAAUCGGGUUUUCCCUAUUUUUUCCCCAUAUAUAGGACAAUCUCGGAUAGUGAAUGGAUUUUUCUGUGAUUGAGAACUAUUGUUCUUGUUUGUGAGUUGUAAGGAAGAGAGUGAGAGAGUGUGACAGCACAAAUAGACCGAGGGAAAAAGGUGAGGCAGCAACUAUUCAAGGACAACAAAGCAGGAUUAUCCUCACCCUACCAGUCUCUCUCCCUCCAUAAACGCCAGGGAGCAAGAGGUCAAAAGCACCGUAGACUACCACCACACUCUCUCUCCCUCCCUAAAGACAAGGGAGCAAGAGGUCAAAAUCAGAGCACCGCAAAUUACUGUUUUUUUCCCGCUAAAACAUGUGAUACUUUUUACAUUAUUUCCCCGUGUACUUUAGAAAUUAUAUGGAAAACCAAACACUCUCCAGUAUUGUUCUUUUGGAUCUUUGUGAUACUUUUAUAAUCAAGUCUAGCGAACGGCUGGGAAGGUGUGAAUAUUUGAUAAAGGGCACUCAAAUUUGCGCAAAAAUUCUUUUUUUUCCUGUGAAUGUGAGAGACAGAUUUGUUGAGAGAAUAACGUUCUGUGCGUGAUCAGCUGUAAUUUUCAAGAAGUUUUAUAUUUUAUUGGUUACGUUGUAUGCUGUUAAAAACCGUAAUAAAAAAUACACAUCCCACAA